UUCCCUGGGAGAUAGACACCAAGAUCACUUUGCAUAGAAGUGUUUCUCAUGUUCUAUUCUGAUAUUAUUCCCAGUUGGACAGAAAGCACCUGAAUCUGCUUGGAUCAUGAGGAAGACAAUGCACUCCUGGGCAGCCUUUGUGGGAGAAGGAAACAAGAGGAGAGAGAAAAUGAUUGGGGAAAAUGAAAGAAUACUGCCCAAGGCCACACAUGAGGAGAGAAAGAAGCAGGAGGCGAAGAGGAAAGGGAAAUUGAAAACCUUGGCAGGCAAAUUGCUGAAGACUGUGGUUGGUGGGAAGGAGACAGUGGAGAAGGCUGGUGCUGAGAAUGUGGCAGGGAAUUUGCUGAACAGGCCAACCAGCAGGAAAGGAGUGGAGAGGGGGACACCUGCAGAGGAAACCAUCUGCAGAUUCAUUGAGCAAGGAAAAUUUUUGGAAGCCUGUGAUCGAAUCCAUCAUCUAGAGCGUUCUGGAAAUGAUAAUUUGGGGAAGUCUGAAUCACUUUAUGCACUGCUGGCUGAACAAAUGUGGACUAUAGUGGGAGAAGCACUCAGUGGAAGUGAUAGUAUGCUCCUGGAGCCAUUGCAGUCAGUGGGGGAAUCACUGAAGUGGGAGAAGCAGCAGGAAGCAGAGUGGCUUGGCAAUGGCCUAGAGACAGAGUCUGUUUCCACCUGGAGCCCAAACUUCUGGAGAAAAGAUCUGGAGGAAAAGCUAAUGCAGUACAUGACCACCCAGAUUCCCCUGUUUGGUUCCUCUACUAACACAGAUGAGACUGCACUAAAACAGCACCUGAGUGAUCUGGAAACAGCAUUUCUCCCCAGCCUGGAGCACAGAAGUGAUGUCUUCAAGGAAGCAGGAUUGCUCGUCACCUAUGCCCGCUGCUGUCACGCCUCUCUGUGUUCCCACCUUGCCACGCUUAGCGACAGUAAUUGUUUCAGCUUCAGCCAAACUCUUUUAAUUUAUGAAUGGAUCAUUAAAAUGUGCAAAAGUGGCAGCCAGGCGUGUGUGAGAUCCGGGCACACCCCCCAGCACAGCCUGUCCCUGGGUGCACAGUGCCUCGCGGGGAUUCUUCUGAAGACUGAGGAAAAGCUCCUUGCAAUUGCACGGAAGGAAGUAGGGAAAGCACUGAAAGAAGCCUUUGAUAUUGGGAAACCCCCUCGUGCAGACGCUGCAGUCAUUGAGAUACUAACAGAGAAGACAGAGGCUGCCAGGCGAGUCAGCGAGAGCCUGAGCGAGAAGGUGGAAGCUGAGUGCCUGGAGGAGUGCCUGAGGUUCCUGGAGAGCUAUGAAGACGAAAUAAGAAGCUUUCUCCAGCUUGAUGAUUGCCUGCAGAUCUGCAGCAGCUUACAAAUCCUGGAGAAUUGCUGCGUUCUCAGAACUGUCUGGCAUAAGCUAACAUACAUUUGCAGUGUCAGCACUGACCAGAAUGUUAAGGUAAAUGGAUUCCUACACAGGAUGGAAGAUGACAUUAUGGAGCAUUUUCUACAGACCAUCACUUCUAAAGUCAAGGGAACACUGAAGGCCUACUUCAAAAAGUGUGACAGUGGUUUUGACCACAUCCUUGAAUCCUUAAAGCAAAGCUUUUUGACCUUUAGGAAGAAAAAAACAACUAUAUAUGUGGCCCUGGUCGAGGCUGUCAAUGCCAUCAUCAUUACAGAAUACAUGCAGGCCCUCCUGACCACUCCCAGGAAACCAUCUGCUAUGCAGAGGAGGAGGAUCGUCAACAAAAUAGAAGAAGAUCAUAGGAUGAUGCAAACCAUCUUUAAAGAGUGCUUAGGUCCUGCAGCUGGUUCUCUCAAGGAUCCCAUAAAAGCAAUUUUAGAACUUAUUCAAACUUCUGAUCCUGAGGGGAUGAAAAUAGCACUUCUGCCCAUUCUAAAAGAAUUUCCUUACCUCAGGUAG